ACCGUUGGAUGACGUACAGAGGUCGUUGAGAUGUUUUAACCACUAUUAUUCGUGAAUUCUAUUCUAUUUAACAAUUAAUAAACUUACGUUAGGCUAAAUAAUCGUCUAGGUGAAUUUAAGUGGAAGUCAUUUGCUUGUUAAAAUGAUACAAAUAACUCUUCGAAGACCUUCACGCCGCCUUAUAUGCAUUACGUUGUUCUAUAUAAUGAUAGGAGCUGCCUUAUUGGACGUCUUGAAAUCAGGAGGAAAAAUAAUGGCCAGAAAACGUCGGUACGACGAGUUAGCUUGGGAGCUCAAAAUUGCCAGAAAAUACAGCAUAAGCCACGCUGACUACCUUUUAAUGGAAAUUAACGCAAUGAAGCACACAAAUUCUGGAUUGCAGUUUAACGAUACAGUAUUUGAUUAUGAACACAACAUUGCCGAAAAAUACAACAUAAGCCAAGCCGACUACCUUUUAAUGGAAACUAAUGCAAAGAAGAACAUUAAUUCUGGAUUGCAGUAUGCCGAUAUAUUUUUUGGAAUAAUCUUAAUGAACAAAACCUAUACUGGAUGGAAGUCCGUCGUAUUUCUAUUUGGUGAUUUUGAUCCGUUCACACUUGAAAAGCAUUUGAUUUUCAUCUUUUACGCAUUGUUGGGGAUAGGCAUCAUAAAGUACCAAACAAUUGUAAAACGUCUUAAAAAAUUCGCCUCCGUAGUGAUCAAAAUAGUUAAAAGGUGUUUGAAUUGCAUAGAUGGGACAGUCGCCGAAAUGAACUAUACCGAGGCCGCUUCAGCUAUCAUCAUUUUCCUAUGUUUGAUUUUAUUCGCCGGGAUCGGUCCUCUAGUCUUCAUUGCGAUACAGUACGACGUAAUGCAAAAAAUGACGGGAAUCUUACUUUUUACAUUAUUUGCAUUCGCAUUUUUCGCUGCCGCCGUUGAUAUGUUGAUUUUCAUUAAGGAACUCGAACGCCGAUUUUUGCUCCAUUUAAACAACGAACUGAUAACUCAAGAAGAGUCAUAAUUCCUACCAACUUAAUGCCGGACGAGCCCAUAGUUGGGUUUGAAAUAGUCUCAACAUAAAUUAUAAUAAAGCUUAUUCUAUAAUUCUAAUUUGAUCAAUUUAAUGACAAGGCUUGUUUUCUUUUAAAUAAUUAUGUGUUGUAAUGAACAAUAUUAUGCGCUGCAAAACUCAUCAAUUACAUUUUUAUAUAUCACUUAACAAAAUAUUUAUCAUAUUAAUAACCUGAUGUAAGAUCAUUAACUGACGUGUAACUUGCAAGUUUUUAAUCUAUACGGAUUUUUUUAUAAAAACAUAAGUGCAGUUUUUACGUUAAAUUUAUCUCUCAGACAAAUGAGAAUCGCCCUAUUUUCUACCUUUAACUCUGACCCAGGCAAUCUUUUUUCUGAUGACAGUAAUUGUGAAUACCGGAGUUAUCAAAAAACUGUGCUUAUUUAUUUUUAAAAAACUAAAAAAAAAUUUAU